AUGACCGUCUCACCAGGGACUUUAAUCUUAAUAUAUUGCUUGGGCGGAAUUACCUUCUUGCCAUUAUUAAUCCUAUCAAUAUUUCUCAGCGUCUAUCUUCAAUAUCGUUUUUUGCCUGAUAAGUCACGCCUAAUAAAGUUCGAUGUGACAUCACCGGAAGAGAUACAAGAUCAGAGUAAUUACGUUAAUGAUCAGGCGCAUACACGAAGCAAAGAUGAGGAUAAUGCUAAUUUGAAUAAGGUUGGUUGGUUGCGCGUAACAAGAGAAUUUCAGAGCAACGGGGGAGCGACGAAUAAUGGAUCGUCUUUUGGUAAUAUGAUGAAACAAGGAAUCUACUCAUUUAUGGAGAAACAUGGACCCCCAAAACGACCAAAGGACGCUUAUUUUGCUGUAUUAAAAUAUAACACACUCUUUAUGUACGAAAGCGAAGAUCAAACAGAAUGCAAGGGGAUAAUUAUCGUUUCACAUCAUGACGUUUCAAUAUAUCCUGAACUUUUACCGGACAAUGAAAUCUAUUUGAAAUCGAGUUCAAUUCGUCUGACGAAAAAACAAUCGAUAUGCGCCGAUAUGGAAAAAGAUAUCGACAAUCGGGACUAUUAUCUAUUCUGUGAUGUCGCUGUCGAUAAAGAAGACUGGUAUUUUGCAUUGCAAAAAUCAUCGAAAUUGAAAUCAAAUUCACCAGGACCACAACCACAAGUUGUUCGAGAUAAGGCUCAAUUUGAUCAAGCGGCCAUGAGCGAUUUAUUAAAGACCAUUCAUUCAGAUGACGAACACUACAAAACUCAAUGGCUUAAUGCUAUUCUUGGUCGAAUUUUCUUGGGAAUUUACAAGACGCAGACAAUCCAAGAUUACUUUGUGAAAAAGUUGGUAAAAAAGAUAAAGAAGGUGAAAAAACCAAGUUUCUUGGGUGAUAUUCACAUUAAGUCGGUACAUGUCGGAAGUGGUGUCCCGCUCAUUACUAACCCCAAAUUAGGAGAGCUGGCACCAAAUGGAGAUCUAAGCGUUGACAUAAAUCUUGAUUACACUGGAGGUUUCCGAGUUGAAAUCGAAACAGAAGCAACCGUAUCGUUCUCAAGAUUCAAGACGAUAAAAGUGCCAUUAGUGCUCGCAGUAGUUUUAAGAAGGCUUCAAGGUAAAUUAUUGCUACGCAUUAAGGCGCCACCUUCAAAUAGGAUUUGGAUGGGUUUCCAUGAGAUGCCAAAGCUGGACUUGCUGAUUGAACCUGUCGUUUCUACAACACAAUUGAAAUUUUCGAUGGUCAUCAAAGCCAUCGAAUCUAAAAUUCAAGAAAUGAUUAUGGAAUCAUUAGUUUUACCAAAUAUGGAUGAUACUCCUUUCUUUAUGAGUUCUGGCAUGGGUGGAAUUUACGGAGGAGAUCAUGACUCGAGCACUAGUACUGAAUCAAUGGGGGAAAAAGUAGAUAAAAAUCAACCAACAAAGCCACCUGGCGAUAUAUGUCAGACAGAUUCCGUAAAACAACCAUCCUCGAAAACCGAAUCUUUAGAUGUAUCAACAACUCCGGUAUCUUUGAAAAACAAAUUAAAAUCUAAGACAAUGUUACCUGAAUUAGAAACUACGAACAAUCAAUCAUCUAAACCUCCAUCAAUAUUAACUAAGGGACUUCCAUCAUUCAAAGAGAGUAACGAUGAUGCAAGCUCGGUGAAAAGUGCUCCAGGUGCCUUGGAUACUAUUAAUGCUUUAGAUCCUUCAAAUGAUCCUUAUUUGGUAGAUUCUCCAUCUUCAGCUCCUUCAAAAUUUGAAAGAUGGUCACGAUCCAUGUCCAUUCGUCGAAGAUCUUCGCGAAUGGGCAUCGCCGGUAUCCUGGCAAAUGAUGAGAAAUCCGAAGAAGUAUCUAAAUCAUCUCCAAUUCCAAUAGUGACAAUAAGUGCGACACAGCCGAGGAACAAAGCUUCAGCUGUAUCUUCCGAAAAUUCAUCACCUUCGGGUUCUCCUUUGGGUUCUCCAUCAGGGUCACUUGCUGGUUCACCUUCGAGCACACCCCAAAGAAAUUCUCCUUCACCAACAUUACCUCCUUCACCUCCAAAAUCACCCCGCUCUGCACCUACUCAAUUAUUAUUUACAGCUUAUCCAUCAAAGAAAUCCGAAUACGCAUCAUCUUGUAAAUCAUUACCGAUUAUUCGAGAUAGUAGUGACGAGAAUGAGGACAUUUUUUUUAGUGGGCAAGAUGUACCAUUAUUUCCUGAAAGAAAACCAAUAUUAGAUCCCCCAGUUGAAGAGUUGAAUAUGGUUCUAGGAUAA